UGCAGUGAAAGGACUCGGGUUGCCGUAUCUGAAUCCAUCUGUGUUCAUGCAGAAAUCCGUGCCUGCCUCCACGGAACGCUAUCUCAGUUUGACUGUGAUUAUAUAAGACGGAGAAUGUAAGAGAUAAAGCACCAGACAGAGAGAGAGCAGAUGGGAGGGAACAAAGGGAUAGUUUGAUUAGAGAAAGCAGGAGUUCAGAUGGACGAUUCGACCCGGAUCGGAUCAGACGCAGAGGGAAACCCGGACAGAAAAGAGUCCAACCAGAAUGCUGUUUCUGUCAUGGACCUUCUGCUGACUUUAGCCUCCACGGUUUUCACCUCCACAGUCAACAUGCUGCGGGAAAAUACUGCUUUCCAGAGCAUUAGCAAAAGACUCAGCAGGAGAACCAUGUCGUUUCCAGAGAUGUACUGGCCGGUGCCGAUGCGAGCCAUCGGGGCUCAGAACCUCCUCACAAUGCCGGGAGGAGUUUCCACCUCAGGAUACCUCCACAAGAAGGGAGGCAGUCAGUUCAGUCUCAUGAAAUGGCCUUUGAGGUACAUAAUCAUCCACAAGGGUUGCGUGUACUACUUCAAAAGCAGCACCUCUCCUUCACCACAGGGGGCGUUCUCUCUCAAUGGCUACAACAGAGUGAUGAGGGCAGCAGAGGAGACGACGUCCAGCAACGUUUUUCCCUUUAAAAUCGUUCACUUCAGUAAGAAACACAGAACGUGGUACUUUUCUGCAGCGAGCGAGGACGAGCGAAGGAAAUGGAUGCGAUAUCUGCGAAGGGAAAUCGAUCACUACAACGACAGAAAAGAGGCUCAAAUUUCAAGUGACUCUGACUCAGACGCAGACUUCUAUGGCACCAUAGAGAGACCCAUGGAAAUUAAACACGCUGUUGACACAGCAAAGGAUGAUUAUGUUGAUGAGGACGAUGAUGAAGAAGAUGAAGAAGACUAUCUGAAGCCAGACGGUGAUGGUUCACCAACAUCAACAGGUCAACCCACCGGGCCGCCUCCUGCCUACCCUCCUCCACCGGUGCCGGCUACUCCGCUCCGUCGGGAUUCCAGUCCAAAUGUCCAGAAAGCCUUGCCUCCACCUGUUACUGGACAGCACAGAAACCCAACGAGCCCACUCCCCAAAAAGCCCUCCAUUCCUCACCAGUCCCUCCAGAAAGAACAAAGCAAAGGUCUGCCCCCUCCUCUGCCCUUUGCCCCUCACCUGCAGAAGUCGCCGUCUCCGACUCCUCCUGCUCUUCCUCCCAGCUCCUUGAAAACUGCUCAGAACAGGACGAUCUCUUUGGGGAAUACUGCCAACGAUAGGAGAGACCUGAGGUCCCACCCUACCGUUCAGGUCCACUUGCCGGCCACUCUGCCCAUCUGUGACCAGCUGCACAACAGGAUGGCCCUGAACGGCCCGGUCAACAGCUCCCCAAUCACAGGCAGUACCCAGUCUCUGGGAAACCACUGCCUUCGGACCAAGCCCUCCGUACCACUGCCCCACACCGAAGUUAACCUGCUAUCCACUAGUGCCCCAUCGCUGCCUGCCAAACCUCCAACGUCUCCGCUGCUCAAACCUGGACUUCACAACAAGCCGACGAUACCGAAACCGCCUCCACCGAUGGCCAAACCGCCGCAGCCUCUGGAAAAGCCAAAGUCUCCGUUUCAAGCAUCUCCAGACGGGCAGAGUUUCCGUUUGCUGGGAGAGGAGAUCCCCGCUGAUUUCAAGAAGAAACCAAAGUCAUCCAAACACAGACGCGACUCCGAUGACGACUACGAAAAUGUGCAGCUGCCAGAGUCAGUUUUCAUCGAUUCAACUGAAACCACCUUUGUGGAAAAGCUUUUUAAAGAGUGCUGUGCUAAUCCACCGGAUGGACUCUACGGCAUCAGAAAGUCAGGAACCAAAACUGCAAAGGUGCUGGUGGUUUGGGACGUCGCUAUAAACAAGGCCAGAAACUACAGACUGUUUGAAGAGGAUGACAGCGUAUUUCUGGAGAGCGACCUGACCUUCCCCAACCUGGCAGCGCUGGUUGAACACUACUACAGCCAACCUCUUCCUCACCACGGCUCGCUGUGCCUGCAGAAGCCUUACGCCAAAGUCCUGAGCUGAAGCCAAACAUGCAGCUGGAGACGCAUCUUCAAACGGAUUCAAUACAAACUGAACUGAAAAUCACCCAGAGGAGGAUGGAAAACCGGCGGGAAAUCAGAGCAGUUUGAUGGUUGUGACACAUUUUGUCCACCAGGAGGCGACAAAUGACAACAUAAAGCAACAGAUUCUGGAUUUGCAGCCUACAUACAUAAACAUAUCACUCAAUAUAGCUAUAAGUAUUUAUUUCUGUAUCAUUUCUCUAAGUAAUUUCAGAUGUUGAAGCCUAUGAUGAGUAUUUCUGUGUAAAUCUGGCUGCGUCACAUGACACAUAAUGACUUUAAACAAGCCAAACGGACAAAAUUAAAGGCUAAAAGUCGCAUUCUGAACCUUCCUUGACACGAGAGAACAGAAACUUACGACUUACAUUUCAGUUGGAAAUAAAGGCAAAACAUUAACAGAAGUGGGAAAUCUUGUUUUCAAAUUAAUAGUGCAGCCAAACUGGGACUGAUUAUCUGUUUUUGUCAACAUUGAAACAGGCUGUUUAACAUUUGUACAUUCCUGAGUUUUAUACUGUGCAGCUUUUGUCCAUAUUUAUAUGUAAAUAUGUAAAAGAAUGACUGUAAAUAUGUAAAUGUGAUGUUUUUUUACAAAAAUAUAUACUGAGAAUGUAUAAAUGAUUGCAUAAAAAAUGGGUUUUAUCUUUA